CUGUUCCUCUGACCAUCUUAUUUUCCUGGGUGUGGUGCAAAUGGACUUAGGCCAAGCUUAUGUCAGCACCUCUAUUCCGUUUUGCAACGCUCGCUACACAGAAGUUCGGGUUCAAAUCGACCAUGACCACAAUACCCUCCCGACUCGCGCAGAUGACGCGCAUCUCGAGCAGCCGCGCAGAAGCGCGCCUUCGAGUUAUUGACCUAUACAGGGCAUGGGUCCGUACUGCUCCUGAGAUUUGUACCAUUUAUGCGUUGAACGUCACCCCAGCCUACCUGCGCCAUUGCAUUCGCCAGAAGUUUGAGCAGAACCGUCACGUAACAGACCAGCGCGCCAUCGAGGUGCUACUGCUCAAGGGUCAGCAGGAAUUGCAGGAGACGUUGAACUGCUGGAAACAACCGGACCAUAUUUAUGGGAUUUUGCUCCAAAAUACGCAGCGGCCGCAGCGGUCAUUCCUGCAGAAGUUUUAUGAGGGUCGCGACGAGGACGCUGUUCUUCCCGCUGCAUCUGGUGUCGUUAUAUAGAAAUAAUAGGAGAUAAUGAUCAGUUUGCUUCCUUCUCUGGCACAUUAAAUGCGUCGAAAGGCAUUGAUUGCGUAGAUGAAUAUGCGUAAGUGGCGGGUGGAUGAUAUACUCCUUGUGUGGCCAUUUAAUUUUGCUGUCUUGUUUCACGUUGGCGUGACGUUUUACAACGUUUUUAGUUAUCAAAUAGCAAUUGGAACCAA